UCAGUGAAUCCUCAAUAUCUCUAAACCUCUUCCAUUCAAAGCUUCUUUCAUCCGCCACGUGUCCGCUCUUGAUUCACUCUUUUCUAUCUCUCCUCUCCACCCAAAUUUUUUCUCAUCACGAUAUCCCGAGGAAAACAAAAAAGCAUCUUCUCUCAGUCUCAGAGAAAAUAUUAUUACAGAACUCAAAACCAUGUCUGGAGGUGUUGGUCCGACUUACAACGACAUCGCCUCACCCAAAGAAAAAGAACAUCAUCACGCCACCACCGGAGAAACCUCAACAAAAUCCGCCAGACUCUUCUCGUUCCAACAACUAAUCAUCCUCGCAGUAAUCCUCGUCCUCUCCGCAACUGGUCUCGUCGCAACCGAAGAUUUCUUAUUCACACUCCUCACCUUCAUCUACUUCUUCUUCUUCCCCUCCAAACUAAUCUUCCCUCCCCACAAGAAUCCAAACCGCGACGCUCCUCUCACGAGCCCCGCGAACAAGAUCUUCCGUCUCUACGUAGCUUCCGCGGGGAUCGCGGGGCUCUUGAUCCCCGUCUGCUACAUCUUCCAAGGCUUCCUAGAGGACGAUAGACGCGGUGUGAGCGCCGCUGCGCCGCACGUGUUCCUUUUGGCGAGUCAGGUUCUCAUGGAGGGAGUAGCCGCCACGUGCGGCUUCUCUGCCCCGGCUAAGAUCCUCGUGCCGGUCGUUUACAACGCUAGGAGGAUCCUAACGCUCGUGGAGUGGAUUGUGAACGAGUUCUCGAGGGAGACUCCGGAGUAUGGUGGUGGGAAGGGGACGGUUUCUGUGCGGCGGAUGUACGCCGGGAAAGUUUUGGCGGCGGUGAACUUGGGGAUUUGGUCGUUUAAUCUCUUUGGUGUUCUGAUCCCGGUUUAUCUACCGAGAGCUUUCGAGAGGUAUUACGGUUUCAGCAAAGAGGUUUGAUUCCGGUUUAGAUCAAUCAUAGCGUUUGUAGCGUUAUCAUUUUCGGUUUAAUUUGUCCGGUUCAAUGUCUUUGGUUAUCUCCUGAGAGCUUUCAGAAAAAAAGUACAGUAUUACGGCUCCAGCAUGGAGUUAAUUAGAACCCGGUUUAGAUCUUGGCAGCUUUUUGUUGUCUUUUUGUUUAAUCAGUCCGGUUCGUUAAUAAUCGUGAUCUGGAUGUGUUUCUUUCCUCUUUUUAUCGUAUAUUGAUGCUAAUUCAGUUUAUGUAUUUUAUGUUAUUAAUGGAGUUUCAUUUAACAUCA